GCGAAUUUCAUCACAAGGCUCGAUUGGCAGUUCAGUUUGAAGUUACAUCCAAAUACAUCAGUCAAUCUCAAUUAGUCAUUUUCACCCCUCAUCUCACCUUCCGAUACAGAUACCAUGUCCGAUCAUAGCAGCACAAAAUUCGCUCAAUCAGCGCCGUGGACAUUGCAACUACAAAUCUUCAUACGACGUAGCUAUUUCUAAUAAACUUGGGUGCGAAACUCUUUGGUAUCUGCGCGUGAUCACCUGAGUGUGAUUCUGGAGACAACUGCAAUGGCUGGGAAUGAUCUCAGCAUCUUCACGCUCAAUGACACCGACUCUACAAAGAUCUUCGAGCAGCAGAUUGUCCCCGAAGAAUUGAAACGGUUCGAGGAGCAGAGGUCGAGUCAUAUAUGCCGAGAAACACCGCUCGCCGUCUUUGUGGUUGGACAGACUGGCGCCGGGAAGACUCUCACGGCACCCGCGAUCAAGGAAGUCAUCCGAGCCCGACGCGGCGAGCCAGCCCACUUCAUAGCCGACACAUACAAGACCUACCACCCUGGAUACUCUCGCCUACUUGCAGAAAGACCUGCGUUGGCGUCCCCCGCGACGGGCACGGACGCACGCAGGUGGCUUUCCAUGGCAGCUGCUUAUGCAAUUGAAAGGCGUAUCGACGUUCUGGUCGAGUCUGCCUGUAGACACCCACAGGAUUUCGCAGACCUGGCACAAGCGUUUCACCAUGGUAGAUAUCGUGUGGAAGUGGCCAUCAUGGCCGUCCCUGCGGCGCUGAGCCGUCUCGGCAUUCUGACACGCUUCUACGAGCGCCUGCCGGAAGCAGGAUCUCGAGGUUUGCCGGUUCGUUUGACGCCGAGGAGGGUGCACGAUGAAUCGCUCAACGGACUUGUUGAAGCGGCACAAUUUGUCGACGCAGCCCUCGUCGUUGACCAAGUUGUUGUGCUGCGGCGGGACAACUUGGUCGCGUACAGCAACGAGCGAAUCGGUGGCGUUUGGAAAGAGCCAGCAAUAACGGCAGAAACUCUUCUGUUUGAGAGGCAACGUCCCCUCCCGGAAAGAGAGCAAGUCUUUUCAAUUAGAGAUCUCAAGAGUUUGCAUAGUAGGGAGGCGGGUGGUUUGCUGCCUCAGUUGGACGAAAUCCGCUCACUACUGAACAAGCUGGAGGAUGGAAGUUCAGCAAGAGCAUUGAGGCAUUUAGUCUUGCCAGUCAUAAGUGCUGAUGUCAGCCAACAUGACGAUGUAGUGCCGGACUUGAGGCUUGGCCUUCAUUCACCAUGAUCUGCAAACAGGGG